UUGUCUCGCUUGACUUUAGCGGCGGUCGGUUGUUUGUUCUGAUCAAGAUGGCUGCUGUUGUUCGGGAUGGAGAAUGAGCUUCAGAUCCGAACACAGGCCGAAGAAACGCAGACUAAACCCGCCCAACACCCCGCUGGACCAGAACCAGGACCGCCGGAACCGAAUCUAACUCUCUUCUGAAGUAGGGGACGCAGUGACAGACAGCAGACAUGGACACCACCACGUCCAUCAAGAUGACCACUCUGGCCAUCCAGAACCUGUUCAGCUACGUGGAGGAGGAGAACCUGGGGGCUCUCAAAGCUCACCUGGACCGCUUCAAGGAGGUGGACGGACGUAGCGACAACGGUCAGACUCCUCUCAUGCUGGCGGCGGAGCAGGGCAGUCUGGAGAUUGUCCAGGAGCUCAUCAGGAGGGGAGCCAACGUCAACCUGGACGACGUGGACUGCUGGUCGGCUCUGAUCUCUGCAGCUAAAGAAGGUCAUGUGGAGGUGGUGAAGGAGCUGCUGGAGAACAGCGCCUACAUCGAGCACAGAGACAUGGGGGGCUGGACAGCUCUGAUGUGGGCGGCUUACAAAGGUCGUGUGGAGGUCACCGAGCUGCUGCUGGAGACCGGAGCCAACCCCAACACUACAGGACAGCAGUACAGUGUGUAUCCGAUCAUCUGGGCUGCAGGUCGAGGACACGCCGACAUCGUCAAAGUGCUGCUGAAGGACGGAGCUAAGGUCAACUGUUCUGACAAGUAUGGGACCACUCCUCUGAUCUGGGCGUCCAGGAAAGGACAUUUUGACUGUGUGAUGCACCUGCUGGAGAACGGCGCCGACGUGGACCAGGAGGGAGCGAACUCGAUGACGGCUCUGAUCGUGGCGGUGAAGGGCGGCUACACCGAGGUGGUGAAGGAGCUGCUGAAGAGAAACCCCAACGUCAACAUGACCGACAAAGACGGGAACACGGCGCUGAUGAUCGCCGCCAAGGAGGGCUACACCGAAAUCGUCCAGGACCUGCUGGACGCCGGGACGUACGUCAACAUCCCAGACCGGAGUGGGGACACGGUGCUGAUCGGAGCAGUGAGGGGGGGUCACGUGGAGAUCGUCAGAGCUCUGCUGCAUAAAUACGCCGACAUCGACAUCAGAGGACAAGAGAAUAAAACUGCUCUGUACUGGGCUGUGGAGAAAGGGAACGCCACCAUGGUCAGAGACAUCCUGCAGUGUAACCCCGACAGUGAGACCUGCACCAAGGACGGAGAGACUCCUCUGAUCAAAGCCACCAAGAUGAGGAACAUCGAGAUCGUGGAGCUGCUGCUGGAUAAAGGAGCCAAAGUGUCGGCUGUCGACAAGAGAGGAGACACGCCCCUCCACAUCGCCAUCCGUGGGCGGAGUCGCCGCCUGGCCGAGCUCCUCCUCAGGAACCCCAAAGACGGCCGCCUGCUGUACCGACCCAACAAGGGCGGAGAGACGCCGUACAACAUCGACUGCAGCCACCAGAAGAGCAUCCUCACACAGAUCUUUGGAGCUCGUCACCUGUCCCCCACAGAGACAGACGGAGACAUGUUGGGUUACGACCUGUACAGCUCUGCGCUGGCUGACAUCCUGAGUGAACCCACCAUGCAGCCGCCCAUCUGUGUGGGUCUGUACGCCCAGUGGGGCAGCGGCAAGUCCUUCCUGCUCAAGAAGCUGGAGGAUGAGAUGAAGACGUUUGCCGGUCAGCAGAUCGAGCCGUUGUUUCAGUUCUCCUGGCUCGUCGUCUUUCUGUCUCUGCUGCUCUGCAGCUCCAUCGCCGUCGUCCUCGGCUUCACCGUCGACCCCAAACUCGCCAUGGCCGUCUCCCUCAGCCUGCUGGCUCUGCUCUACCUCUUCUUCGUGGUGGUGUACUUCGGCGGGCGUCGGGAGGGGGAGAGCUGGAACUGGGCGUGGCUGAUCAGCACCCGUCUGGCGCGUCACAUCGGGUAUCUGGAGCUGCUGCUGAGGCUGAUGUUCGUGAACCCGCCGGAGCUGCCGGAGCAGAGCACCAGAGCGCUGCCCGUCAGGUUCCUGUUCACAGACUACAACCGCCUGUCGAGCGUCGGUGGAGAAACGUCGAUGGCCGAGAUGAUCGCCACGCUGUCCGACGCCUGCGAGAGAGAGUUCGGCUUCCUCGCUACACGCCUGUUCAGAGUGUUCAAGACCGAGGAGACGCAAGGUAAGAAGAAGUGGAAGAGGACGUGCUGCGUCCCGUCCUUCAUCAUCUUCGUCCUGGUGCUGGCCUGCCUGCUGACCGGCAUGGCGCUGCUGGCCGUGUUUAAGGUGGACGGGGACAACCGGACGGUGAACGCCGUACUGAUCGCCAUCGGCAGCGUGGUGGGUCUGGCUCUGCUGCUGAACUGCAGGACCUGGUGGCAGGUGACCGACUCGGUACUGAACUCUCAGAGGAAGAGGCUCCACAGCGCCGCCAACAGGAUGCACAAGCUGAAGAGCGAGGGCUUCAUGAAGGUGCUGAAGACCGAGGUGGAGCUGAUGGCGAGGAUGGCGAAGAGUAUCGACGGCUUCACGCAGCAUCAGACGAGGCUGGCGGUCGUCAUCGACGGACUGGACUCCUGCGAACAGGACAAAGUUCUGCAGAUGCUCGACACGGUGCGGGUGUUGUUCUCCAAAGGCCCCUUCAUCUCCAUCUUUGCCAGCGACCCUCACAUCAUCAUCAAGGCCAUCAACCAGAACCUGAACAGCGUCCUCAGAGACUCCAACAUCAACGGACACGACUACAUGAGGAACAUCGUCCACCUGCCCGUCUUCCUCAACAGCAGAGGGCUGUCAAGCGCCAGGAAGAUGUGUGCCGCCGCGCCGGCCAACGGGGACGCUGCCAACACAGACGGUUGGCACGAGGAGUUGGACAGGAAACUGUCUCAGCACAGUUUGGGAGAAUUAACCAAGUUUGGCAGCAAGACGACGCUGAACCGCAGGGACACGUACCGGCGGCGGCAGGUGCAGCGCUCGGUGACUCGUCAGAUGUCCUUCGACCUGACGAAGCUGAUGGUGACGGAGGAUUGGUUCAGUGACAUCAGCCCGCAGACGAUGAGGAGGCUGCUCAACAUCGUCUCCGUCACAGGUCGUCUGCUGCGAGCCAAUCAGAUCAGCUUUAACUGGGACCGUCUGGCAUCGUGGAUCAACAUGACGGAGCAGUGGCCCUACAGGACGUCCUGGCUCAUCCUGUACCUGGAGGAGACCGACGGAGUCCCCGAACAGGCCACGCUCAAGACCAUCUACGAGAGAGUGUCGAAGAACAUCCCGACCACCAAAGACGUGGAGCCUCUGCUGGAGAUCGACGGAGACGUUCGUAGCUUCGAGGUCUUUCUGUCGUCACGGACGCCCGUCCUGACGGCCAGAGACAUCCGGACCUUCCUGCCCUGCACCGUCAACCUGGACCCCAAACUGAGGGAGAUCAUAGCAGAUGUUCGUGCUGCCCGGGAGCAGAUGAAUAUGGGCGGGGUCCCGUACCCGCCCCUCCCCCUGCAGGAGGCCCAGCCCCGCCCCACCUCAGUGUACAGCCAGGUGUCGUCGGCGUGCUCGCCGUCCGCCUCCUUUGGCGGACCCUUCAACCCGCCAGCGGGGGGCGUCAUCUCGCCGCAGCCUCACAGCAGCUACUACAGCGGCCUGGCCGGACCGCAGCACCCCUUCUACAACAGGCCAUAUUUCCCCCAUCACGUUUACCAGCUGCCACGCCCACUCAUGGCCUCCACCUACCCAUCAUACCUCCACCCACGUCCACCACCCAAACACUACUUCAGUCGGGACGUCACAGCUGCACCUUAUAAGGUUUCAUCUUUGAAAAGGAAGCAGGGUUCGGCCUCCGUGGUGUCGGGCGCUCCCGCCGUCCUCCUCAGCUCCAUGGCGACGGAGGCCGUCUGUGAGCGCGUGCGACUGAUCGAAGGCAUCGACCAGAGCAUGAUGGGACACUACAGCGCCACCAUCAGGAAGGCGAACGUUAACGGCAGAGUUCUGUCUCAGUGUAACAUCGACGAGCUGAAGAAGGAGAUGAGCAUGAACUUUGGAGACUGGCAGCUGUUCAGAGCCACGGUUCUGGACAUGCGUCACAUAGAGAGUCAGGUGCUGCACGAGGAAACUGCCAGUGAGCAAGGCAGCGUCGUGGGCAGUCACAUCGAGGUGGGACGGCGAGCGACGGCCCCGCCCCACGCCGGCGCCGCCAAUGCGGACGCUUCUCCGAUGUACAGCUUCAACCUGAGCUUCGAGGAGCUGAGCACUGUGGGACUGGACGAAGCUCAGAGACACGGGAACAUGCAGUGGAUGGGCGGCGCUCACCGCACCGCCAGCAUGACCAGCCUGAACUCCCAGGAGUCCUCCAACGACAUCGCCAAGCUGACGGACAGGCAGCAGGACGAGUACCGCAACGCCUACCAGGAGUACAUCGCCCAGAUGGCUCAGGUGGAGAUGGGCGGCGGCGGCGCAGAGAGGCCCGUCCAACCGCAGCCGGGACAUUUCAUGACAUCAUCAUCAGAGGACAAGAGCAAAGACGGCGGCGAGCAGGACGGUCGCAAAUCCAUCAACAAGAGGAGCGGCGGCAAACCAGCGGCUGACAACACCGACUUCGCCUCCAACGGCGACGGCCUGGACCCCAUCACAGAGGAGGACGAGAAGGGGGACCAUGGGUCCUCUAAGUCCCUGCUGACCCGCAAGACCUCGGCUGAGAGGGGGGGGCUGUUCCAGGGCGCCACCGACCUGAAGCUGAAGGCUGGCGGCGGACUGCGCUACCAGAAGCUGACCAGUGAUGACGAGGAGUCCGAGGAGUCUGACAACGCUCCUCUGCUGAAAGACGGCAAGAAGGUGGUCGACCCCAAACUUCCCGGCGGCUCGCUGGCGCUGAAGGGGAAGGACUACCUGUCGGAUGCCAUGUUGGACAAGAAGGACUCGUCGGACUCCGGCGUGCGGUCCAACGAGAGCUCGCCCAACCACUCGCUGCAGGACGAGGAGGCAGACCUGUCGCAGCUGGAGAGGGCCAACCUGAUCGAGCUGGACGAGGAGAGCCUGGCCAGGAAGCGAGGCCUUCCCAGCAGCCUCAGCGGCCUCCAGGACCCCGCCAUCGCCCGCAUGUCCAUCUGCUCCGAGGACCAGUGCAGCCUGCUCGCCAGCAGCCCCGAGGAGAGCUGGCCCUCAUCCAAGUCCUUCAACCUCAACCGCACGCCGAGCAACGUCACGCUCAACAACAACACCAACGCCCAGCAGGUCAACCGCCAACGCCCGCCCACCGAGGGCUCCACCUCCUCCUCCAACCCCGCCUCCUCCUCCAGUGAUGUCAUCAUUUCCCCGAGCUCCGGCACCUCCAGCACCUCCAGCACCACCACCUCCACCAGGCCGGGGCCGAACAACGAGAAUGUCCGAGUGGUUCACCUGAAGAGGGGCCUGAAACCCGGAGACCCGCCGGAGAUCUGCACCGUAUCCUCUGACACCGUCACCUUCGGCGAGGAGCGUGAGAGCAUCCUGUGACCUCAUCCUGUGACCACAUCCCGUGACCUCAUCCCGUGACCUCAUCGUGACCCGUGAAGAUUAAAAGAGCACUGAGGGUCCAACAGGAGCCGCCUCUCAACCCUCUGAACCAAUCAGGAGCUUGGAGGUCGACUCGUCAACCGACAAGCUUCUGAUGAGUCGUGAAAAAAUUUGACGUUUAAAUGUCAGCAGAGGAAGAAGAGCGGCUGCUGGCGGACUCGUAGUUUUAGUCUGUUGUCGUAUCGGUCGGUAGUUCAGUGGUUGUGUUUGUUGCAUGCUCUCAUAUAUGGAGGACAGAAGCUGCCAAAAUAAAUAAAUAAAAAACUAGAUUAAUAAAUUAAUAUGCCAUUAAAUUUACCAAACAUAAUAUUAAAAAUGUUCAGCUCUAUUCUCUUUACUGAAGAAAAACAUCUUAAUCCAAAGAAUAAAAAGAAAAUAAUACAGAAAUAAAUAAGGGAAUAAAUGCAAAGGGAAAAUAAUAUAUAUCAAAAUAAAUAAAUAAAUUUGAAAAAGGAAUGAAUAUAUUAAAAUUAAUUAAAAAAUAAAUAACAAAAUUUAUAAAUUAAUAUAAAUAAAAGGGAAAUUUAAAUAGGAAUUGGGAAUUAACACAAAAGUAAAUAAAUAAAGAAGCACAUUCAAAAAGAAAUAUCAAUUUAUGCCACAUUUGAUCAAAUAAUUCAUGCUAUAUUUUUAGCAAAUUUAAUGUCAUAUUAAUUUAUUUAUCAAGUCAUUUGUUUAUUUAUAUUUUGGCAGCUUCAGUCCUCCGUACUCAGCUGUCGUCAGUAGAAGAACUUGAAGUUCUGUAGAAACUUUAUUGAACUAGAAGCUGCUGCAUGUUGUUGUUGUUGUUGUUGUGAAUCGUCACGUUUGUAUUUUAACUCUGAUGAGACGUUUCCAUAAAACAAACUAAAUAAAAAUAUUCAUAAGUUAUUAACCUAAAAACUAAACAACAGUAGAUGAAACAAUGAAGGGAAUAAAUUAAAAAUAAAAAUAAUAAAAAUUGAACAUCAAUGAAUAAACCUGUGAAAAAACUUUUAUAAAUGUGGAGAAAAGUUGAUAAUAAUAAUAAUAGUAAUAAUAAUAAAUAUAUAUUAAAAUUUACUAAAUUGAAAAAAAUUAAAUAAAAAUUAUUAUUAUCAUUAUUAUUAAAAUGACUUCUGAAUUUAACUCGACAGACUGAACUGGAGUUUUAAUCAGUCAUUUUUUAACACAUUAAAUAUAUUAAAAUGUUUCAGCUGCUAUAAUCUAUAUUAUAUUCUGAUUGGCACUAAUGUGAAUAAUUUUUUAUUGACUUUGAAAAACACUAGGAGUAAAAUAAACAAAUACAUUCUUUUACUUUUGAAAAGGGAAACUAAUGAAUGAAUAAAAUAAGAGUUUCAGUUUGACGUUCUGCUGUCAGUAAUAAUCAGUAUUAACUCAGUUUACAGGAAGUUUUGUUUUAUUUAAACUGUGAGCAUGAAGAACAAAUCAGUGAUCGUGUUUUAAUCAGAGCUGAUACUGCAGGAGGCUUUUAUUCUGAAGUUCACAUCGAAAGAAAUAUAAAUAAUCUGCAAUAUUUUCAUAGUCAAUUGAUCAUUUGAGCAAAAAUGUCCAAAAUUAGCUGGUUUCAGGUUCUCAAAUGUGAGAAUCCGCUGCUUUUCUUGAUCCGACAUCGUAGGAAAUAGAAUAUUUCGACAUGUGAAGACGUCAUUUCGUGCUUUUAUUGUGACAGACAUUUUUCAAGUUAAUGAUCAAACAAUUAGUUGAUUAAUCGAGAAAAUAAACAGAGGAUUAAAUUGAUAAAUAAAAUAAUUGUUAGUUUACUCAAAUACAGAAUAAAUAAAAAAAAAUGAUUAAAUCUUAAAUUUGUCAAUAAAGUUCAACAUGUGAGAAAUGAUCAGAGAGCUUCCUGUGGUUUUCAGAAUAAAAGCAUCUGAUAACUGGAUCAAUAUUGGAGUUAAAAAAAAAGAAGAAGAAUAUUAAUUUCUAAAUAAAAACAGAAUUAGAGUUAGAAGAACCUCAGUAUCUGUUUCAGUGAAGCUGCAUGUCGAUGUUUUCAGUGUCUCAGUGCUCUUCAUCAUCAUCAUCAUCAUCAUCUGAAUUAUUUAAUCUGUUGUGAACUAAAGAAAUAAAAUCUGGAUGUUGAACGUU